UUGAUAGUUUGACACUCGGCCAUGACUCAGCUUGAGAGAUUUUCCUAAAGUUUUUGAACAUUGCAAGAUCGAGCACCUGAGAGAAAGGCAGGACGAUCGACUUCGAUAAAAUUAAUGGCAAGAGCUGAGGGAUCAAUAUUGGGGCAUUUUGCAAGGCUGACUUAAAAAGUAGCAUGAUGUGUCUCCACAAAAACUGCCUGCAAAUUUCAUCUCGAGCUUUACCCUGCAUACGAUGGACAUCCAACUCAUCAACAAGCGCUUCCAUUGAUGCAAGUCCACGACCCUUUAAGGAAAUCCCAGGCCCAGGAGGGUUGGCAAGGUUACCAGGAAUAGGACCAGCUUUUCUUUUCAAGCCUUUUACUGACGUACCAUCUGGCCGUUUUGACCUGGUCGCACGCUCAUUGCAUGACCAGUAUGGGCCAUUAGUACGUUUGCAGUUGCUGGGUCCUAGCGUACUUGUGGGGAACUUGCAAGACAUGGAGACUGUGUACCGCAAUGAAGGCCGCUAUCCAGAACGCUAUCAGUUUGGCCUCAUGCAGCAUUACUUCCACACUCGCAAAAAGGAGACCCUGUCUAUGAUCGACGGUGAGAAGUGGUUGUCCUUGCGGAUGCGCAUUCAACCAAAGUUUAUGAGGACAAAUGCAACACUGCAGUAUGUAGGCCAGCAGGACUGUGUUGCAGCUGAUCUGGUGAAGCACCUUGGAAAGAAGGAAUUGACUCCAGAGGCACAGCAGGAUAUCAUCUUCAGAUAUGUUUUAGAAUCUAUUGGUGUGUUUGCCUUCAACAAGAGACUGGGGUCAUUGGAUGAGGAUACCAUGUUUGAUGAAAACAAGAGGAAAUUUCCAGAAACAAUCCGUCUCCUUUUCAAAACCUUAGCCAAUCACCCUGUGUUGCCGCUAUAUCGCCUCUUCCCUACUCCAGCCUUCAAGACAGUGGCUAAAUGCAUGGAUUUCCUUAUUGGAGAGUCGGUGAAACAUAUGCAGCAAGCUUUCAAGGAGGUGGAGAAGCAACAAGCUGCUGGCAAUCUGACAGAUGAUAAGCCAAACUUGAUAACCUCCCUACUGAUGUCUGAUGAUGUCACCGAACAGGAGGUCAUCAUGAGCAUGUCCGAGAUCUUUAAUGGUGGAACUGACACAACUACAAAGACAUUGUACGUGUUUUUGUACAACUUAGCACGAUUUCCAGAAAAGCAGAAGCUACUGGCUGAGGAAAUUAGCCGAGUUCUUGGAAACAGUCAAACAAUAACAGCCCAACAGCUGGCACAACUGACCUAUCUUCGAGCCUGCUUAAAGGAGUCCAUGAGACUUGCCUUUCCAGUGGUUCCAGGUCCCAUGAGGCGUGCACCUUAUGAUCUGGUUUUAUCUGGAUACAGGAUCCCUAAAGGGACUAUGAUGCUUCUAACUUGUGAUGCAUGGCUGAAGAAUCCCCAAAAUGUGACAUCACCCUCUGACUUCCUGCCAGAACGAUGGUUGCGUAACGUCAGUGGAAAGAGAGAACAGCCUAUACCCACUGUGGCCUUUCUUCCUUUUGGCAUCAACACACGAAACUGCAUGGGCCGUCGUUUUGCUGAACAGAUUAUAUUCCUGGCAGUGGCAAAGAUUAUUCAGAACUUUGAAGUUUCCCUUGGUGAGGGAAGUGAUGAUAUUCAGAUAAUGUAUGAGGUCUUUCCUACAACUACCAAAGCAGUGCCAUUUUUGUUUAAACCCAAAUGAGAGACAGGGAUUGUGAUAGUCCAAACUGGGAAAGGAGGAAAUCUGACCAGCAAGGAUCGGGCAUCCAAUUCAAAUCACUUCAUCACAAAUGGCAGGUAGAUUUCCAUAAAAAUGAUCAAUUGUAAAAUUAGUGCAAUUAAAGAGUAUGAAUUUCUAAACAUAUACAGACACCCUGGCACUUACCAACAAAUUCAGAAAUGAUAUCAAAUGAAAGAUUAUCAUUAUAAAAAAUACUUUGAUAAUCUCAAAGAAACUGAAGAUAUAGAUUAAUCAGAAUAUAUAAAUUAAUCAGAUAUACAGAUUUUCUUUAUUACUGAAAUGACAUCUUCCUUCCUUGCUACCAGUCUCCUCCAGCAAUCUUAAUUUAGCAUCUAAAGCUAAUUUGCUAGUCAGUGAAUAUCAGUUUUAUUCUACUCUUCUUUGAUGAAUUAAGCCAUUUCUGAAAUGUUGUUACUUUCAUCGAGCUGUGAUAGGCUGAGGAUGUAUUUUGUCUCGGCUUCUGUUAUGUUUUUGAUUUUGUGUAGUUUUUAGAGAUGACCUGUUCUUUUACAUACCAAAGUAUUUGUAAUAACUGACCAAAACAUUAAUAAACUUUUUUACAUUAACUUUGAUUAACAUAUUCUGCAUUUUUAAUUUUCCGUUUAUCCUGUUGUUUUUUUCAUUAAAUGUACAACCUGCUUCUCUCACCUUCCCACACCCCACUCAUCUUCUUACCAUCCCAACCCUACAUCACUACCAGCAAACCCCCUUCUGCCUGUCAACUUCCUGUACCUUUUGGGCAUCAGUCUUUGAUCUCACAUGGGAUGAGACAGGAGGCAGAACACCACUACUCUUGAUACAUUAAAACAAAAAAACAUUUAAAGAAGGCAUGUCUUUUACACACAUAAAAUGACAAAUCAUUUAAAGAAUUUAGCCACCUAUGCAGAUGGCAGAGUUUAUUAAACUCAUUUUUCAUCAGUUUUGCGACUGAAGAAAGAAUAAAGUUUCUGAUCUACAA